UCACAGUCGUCAGUUAUACGCGAGCGACACCACGCCCGAAGUGUUUUUAAUUGUGUCUUAAUAUAAUAACAAAAACCGUUAAAUCAUUCGCGCUUGUAUAUAUUGUAUUGUUCGGUAUAAUAUGAUAAUUUAACUUAUUUUAUAAUUAAAAUAUCAACGUUGAUCGUGCUGGCGCCAAAACCAAUAUUUCCAUAUAAUUUCGUCGUCUUGCGAAUCAUUUAUUGGCGAAAAAAUGAGACUAAUUAUUAUGAAUGAUGCCGACAAAGUUUCGGAAUGGGCCGCUAAAUACAUAGUGAAGAGGAUAAAAGACUUCAACCCGGGACCAGACAGAUAUUUUGUAUUAGGAUUACCGACAGGUGGAACGCCAUUGGGUAUGUACAAGUAUUUGAAAAAUUAUUACACAUCCGGACAGGUUUCCUUCAAGUAUGUUAAGACGUUUAACAUGGACGAAUACGUGGGAAUACCAAGGGAUCACGUAGAAAGUUAUCACUACUAUAUGUUGACUAACUUUUUCACACAUGUCGACAUCAACCCAAGGAAUACGCACAUUUUGGACGGUAACGCAGCUGACCUACAGGCCGAGUGUUUGCGUUACGAACAACAGAUCAAAGAAGCCGGUGGUGUUCAUCUGUUUGUCGGAGGUAUAGGUCCGGAUGGUCAUAUCGCGUUCAACGAGCCCGGCUCAUCAUUAGCGUCCAGGACUCGAGUAAAGACUUUAGCCUCGGAGACAUUAGAGGCAAACGCCAGGUUCUUCGACAACGACGUCAACAAAGUCCCUAAACAGGCGCUGACUGUCGGCGUUGGUACAAUUAUGGACGCCGAAACGGUGAUGAUACUGACAACUGGAUCACAUAAGGCGUUUGCCUUACACAAAGCCAUCGAGGAAGGGGUCAAUCAUAUGUGGACUGUCUCGGCAUUUCAACAGCAUCCAAAAACAAUUAUAGUGUGCGACGAGGACGCCACGAUGGAACUGAAAGUGAAGACUGUAAAAUAUUUCAAAGCUCUAGGUGCAACCCACGAAAAGCUAAUAGAAGACGACUGACUUUCAAUAAAAAUUUAUCAUCAAAAUGAAUUUCAAAACUAUAUUUGUUUAUUGAUUUUUGAUUUAAUUGUGAUUAUAUAAUGUAUAUAUUUAUAUAUUUUUUAUAUUCAUAUAUAAGUUUAGCAUUCAAGAUAAUCAGAUAGUUUAAUAAAAUAUAUAUCUUAAACUAA